GCAUGUGGCGGGUUCUUACUGGCCUACACGACUCUAUUGAGUUCAGCACCAUGGAGGCCGGUCAUACCAAAUUUAGCCCAGACUGGCACUUUGGAUUGUGGAAGGUGCGUUGGAGGAACACCACUGUCAACAGCUUGGAAGAUGUUGUGGAGACAGUCAGGCUAUCAUCCCGCAAUGGGCACAACAUUCCCCACCUUGUACAAGAUCCGGAGAAUCCUGUCCAGUUUUACAACUGGACAGAAUUCUUGAAACCAGUAUUCAAGCCAAUACCAAAUCUGCUGUCAUACCACCACUUCAGAAUGACCUCUGACAAGCCAGGCAUAGUGUAUGUGAGGCGAUAUGCUUCGGAUGCUGAGGAGGCUGUGAAGAUCCUGAAGAAAGAUUCUUUCGUUCUGAAUGGAAUGCCCCCCCAACUGGAGCCACUUGGCUUGUCUGCAGAACGCCAGUGGUACCUUCAUGACGAAAUCGCGCCACUCUGUAACUCAUUAUGUGCCAGUACCUGUCCACGGCCAGAUGUACCGAAGCCGACGAAAUAACAAUGAUUUUAAAAUAGUUCCCCUGUUUUAGAUUGUUCAUGUUGUUUAUGUAUAUAAUGUAUGGUAACCAUGGAAACCUGACCAUACCUCAUUGUCAACUUCAACAACAUUAGUAUGUUUUUCUUAAACUCUUACAAUGACUCAAUACCAGGUGAAAUGAAAUAUAAUGCAGUGUGACAAGUAAUAUAAUUGAAUUAAAAAUUUAAUAGUUGUGUAUAUAAACUGAAAACAUUAAUUUAAUGUAAAUAUUUAUGUUAAGUCUCUUAGCCUUGGCUCUAUUUUUCAUGCAGUAUGUAAUAUAGUAUAAAUGUAACAGUAAGAAAUUGUUGAUUGCAUUUGAUAACUAAAGAGUGUAGUAUUAUUGCUAUGUUUAAUGUAGAAGAUGGUAAUUAUAACUGAUAUUCAUAUUGUAUACUGUUGCCUUG